AUGUCGAAGAAAAGGAAGGCUGUGGCUGGCCUGGUGAAGCAGAUUGAAGACACCCUUUCAAAGGAUGCUUCUAAGGCCCUGGAAGACUUCACUCGCGUCGCUGACACGCUUGGCUCCCUGAGUGUGAUCUCAGAAAAGGAGCAGAACCAGAUGAAAGUCAAACCCUCAACGGAGUUCAAAGCACUGGGCCGCUCCGAGAUUGUGCCCUGCCUCUGCCGCUUCGUCAACCGUCUGAUUGCGUUGACGCCAUGCCCUCCCAACGAGCAAGACUCCGCCCGGAACAUUGAGUUCAACUUCGCCUUCCUCACAUGUAACCUGCUCAAGGCCAGCCCGCACUUCCGGGAUUCCGCGCGAAUCCCGGACCUGUUCCGCCAGUUCCUCGCAAUCUUCCGCCGGAACAUCCAGCAAAUCGUCUUCGCUCUGCACGCUUUCCCGGACUCCAUCCUGCAAAACGCUGCGGGGGCGGCGACCGGGGUGUGGAUCGCCGAUCUGUUCUCCUUCGUCGACCAGACCUGGGACAGCCUUCUCCGGGAGGCAAUGCCUCCCGACUUCGGUCCGUUUACACUCGAGACUCUACUCGACAUCGGCGGCCGCCUUCUUUGCAUCAUUGUCGAGCGAGGCCUGAAAGAGCUUCCGGGGAUCCAGAUGAGGCUGGAGCUCUUCACUCGGGUGGUGAACCAGAAGAUGGUCCCAUAUCUGAACUCUCACGCAAUUGUGCGCCCCCAUAUCUUGGCACGCUUAGGCGACAGGGUCGCCUUCUUGCACAGUGCUCUGGAAGAACUGAGUCUCGAGAAGGGCGAGAAGGCGGAGCUCCUUUCUCGCGAGCUCCUUUCACGCAAAAGGAGCUCGCCAGGCGCCGCCAACAGGGUAGACUUUCAUGAGGCGAUUGCGCUCGUCCAGAGGAAGAAGUGGAAGCAGGCGGGGUCCCUCCUCCAAACAGGUGCAGAGAGAUUGGAAGGGUGCGCGCGUGCGAGCGCGGAGGCGCUUGUGGCCGAGGGGCUCGUAGACAACGUUUUCAAGAUCCUCGCGCUGACUGUUUCUGAAGUGAGCGACAUUCAGGCGGCAAGAGCGGCGACACAAAGAGAGCACAAGGAGGCUGCGGUCAUCUUAGGCGGGGUCAACCUUCUCGUGGCCGUGCUCCCCGAGCUGGACGAGAAGGAGCGGUCUUCGCGCGAGCUGUUUCUCACCACAGGCGUGCGGCUUCUACAGUGGUGCGAGGACCUGCUUUCGCGCGGGGGAUCCCUGGUGGAAGAAGCGAUGAACCACGUGCUAGGCCUGCUGUCGCAUAUGGAGAUUGCACGCCGGCGGGAGCUCCUGGAGCGGAUGCAGAUCCUCUACGUCGAUCUGGCCAUCUCCGCCAUCAAGCUGUUUCCUUUCACGGCCACGUCAUCCAUCGGCUGGGUGACGCUGAGCAAUCUCAAGACCUUUGCGCUCCUGUUCGGCGACAGGGGCCCCUGGCAGGGAGCUGCAGAGCGCACAGACGUUGAUGCAGAGGAGUACCUGUGGCGGCCGAGCAGCGAGGGGGAUCCCCCUGACGCCGGCGGCUACGACAGCCGGGCCAUCUUCUUCGGGGUCACGUCGGCGAUCCUAUCCGUCCUGCACGCGUGCUGCCGCAACCGGGUGGUGGUCCAGUGCGCGGUGCUGCCGCAGAUCGAAGUCGUCGUGCACUCCCUGCGCCUGGUGCCCGGCAGCCUCACGGCCGUCUUCGGGCCGCGGCGCGUGGACGACUCGGAUCCGCCGCGCUCUCGCGCGAGCGACGCGGCCGCGUCGUUAGACAUGAUUUGCGAGCUGAAGGUCGCGCACAACAACCUAAUGGAGCUGCUCGCCACCGUUCUGGACGCCUUGGACAGCCUGCCGGAGACCUCGGCGGCGCUGCGCAAGGACACGCUGCUGGAGGCCGCGCGCGCGGGGGCCGCGGCCGCCUGCGCGGACGUGUUGCGGGUCCUGCGCGCUUUGCGGAGAGUGGCGCCGUCCGAAGCGGCCAGGGACACGUGGGUCCAGCUGGAGGCAGCGGUUGGCAGGCUUUGGAAGGAAUUGGCGCGCGGGUUUCGUCUGAAGGCGUGCAGCAAUCCGGGAUGCGAGGGCAAAGUCGUCGAAGAGAGCAAGAAUACUUUCCACAAAUGCGGCAGGUGUGGAUCGGCUCGCUACUGCUCCAAAAAGUGUCAGGUUAAGGAUUGGGCUUCUGGACACCGGAGGCAGUGCUCCUAUUCGGGAAAUUAG